UCCAAAAUGGCGAUACACAGGGUGUUGUGUUGUUUGUUGUCGUGAUGUCUAAAAUAAUGCAUUCAUACGAGAAGUGUGCGGAAAACGAGGGGUAGUCGCUAAGAACUGUCGGACAAGAAAUAUCGGAAGAAUAAAAAUGAGCGGAAUGGAGGACAGAGAAUUUCCAUUGGAUUAUUUUACGCCCAUAGUGACCAUUAAUGAAGUACCAUCGCAAAUGUCUGAAUCACCAAAGAUAAAGAAAAUAAAAAUAAAAAUUGAGGGGAAAGAAGGUGGUGAAAUGUCAGGGGAAAUAGUUAAACGUAAGAGAGGUAGACCAAAGAAGAAUUCCAAGAAAGAUAACAGUGAUGCAGAUUGGGUUGCCGAAGGUAAACAGAGGAAGAAAAAGGAAAAGAGACAAAAGAAAGGAAAAGUCAUCAAGCCUGAACAGAUAGAUGUUGAAAUAAAGAGCGAAAUCAAAGAAGAACCAUCUGAGGACUUACCAAUGAUUCUUCCAUUAUCUCAAGUAGAUGUCAAACCUAUGUCCCCUGACUCUGGUGAACCAAAAAAAUUUAAAUGUCCAUUAUGUAAUAAAGAUAAUAACGAUUUCACAGAGCGCACCCCAUUAGAACUGAAGCAACAUUAUAGAGACAAACAUCCAGGCAAAAGGCUGCGACAGUCCCGAUUUUCCAGUGAGGUAUAUCCAUGUGAUGUGUGUGGAAAAGAGUUCAGAACAGCCAACGCUGUUCGAGAACAUAUGGAAACCCACAGCACCUACUAUUACUGUGAAAUAUGUAAUGGUUCGCAGAAGAAAAUCUUGGAACAUAUAAUUCACAUGAGAAUCCAUUCAGACAUCGGACUGUUCCAGUGUUUGAUGUGUAAUUUCAGCACUCCAGAUAUAAAUUUUAUUACGGAACAUGUGAACAAUCAUGAAGACGUGUUGAAGUAUUGGUGCAGCACUUGCAAAAAAGGAUUCCAGAUACUUUCUUGGUUUCAAGAGCAUGAUAACUACCACACCGGCUUGAAACCGUUCGAUUGCGAGUUCUGUGGCAAGUGUUUUUUGUACUCUCGAUACUUGCACGCUCACAAACUAUACAUGCAUAAAGAAGAUAUUAAUUUCCCUCAUCUACACGAGUGCGUCAUCUGCAAGAAACAGUACCAACAUAAAAAUAGUCUCAAGCUACACAUGAAUCUGCACACUGGAAAUUUCUCGAUCUGCGAUAUAUGCGGUAAAAUUCUGUCUAGCAAAGAAAAGCUGAAGUUUCACAUCAGGACACAUACUGGAUACAAGCCGUACAAUUGUACUUAUUGUGAAAAGUCAUUCACAAAGAAACCCAUCCUAGUCGAACAUAUAAGAAUUCAUACUGGCGAGAGGCCUUACAUUUGUGAUUACUGUACCAAAGGAUUUUCUCAAAGAUCCAGCCUAGUCAUUCAUAUGCGCGGCCAUACUGGUGAGAGACCCUACGUAUGCCAGUUUUGUACGAAGGGGUUUGUGGCCAAAGCUAUGCUGAACAUUCAUUUGAAGACUUGCAAAGGUGUCAUUUUCACGAGGGAAGAUUUCCUGACGCCCAGUCAGACUAGCGCUGAACCUAAGUCGUGUAAAAAUCUUGUUUUUGCAAGACAAGAUUUUUCAGCUCCCGCUGAAUUGCCUCCAGCAUUGCCUAUAUAGAGAUGAAUUUUAAAUGUUUCAUGUUUUGUGCAAUUGUUCCUUAAUUUAUAGUGAGUUUUUUAUAGUUUGUAACAAAUUUAGUAGACUCCUUAGAGGUUCCAAUAUGUAAUUGAAGAUAGUCAUGCCAUCAUUUUCCAAAAAGGCCUUGGGACAUGAGGAAACAUAAAAAACGUUUUUGAUGAAAAUUUUUUAGUUGGCCUCCUUUUUUUCCUAGUUUUUCCUAUCCUCAGAAAAACAGAAUGAUGUAUUUCUAGAAUCUUACUGUUUCGUGUCCGCGCUCUAUUUUGAGGUUAUAUUUUCUUUUUGAAUUCUAUGAAAUCUCAGGCUAAUGAAACUUGAAUUAUAAUUUAUAUCAUCUGAAAUUUGUUAAGGUUCAAAAAUAAAACAUAACCUCACUAUGGGAGAGCGCUGACGCUGACACGGAACAGUAGAAACCUAGAAAUAUCCCAGCUUUUCUGAAGGAGAGGAAAUACUAUGCACAUCAAGGAGGCCAUAAAGGCAUCCUUGGUAUAUGAACACCUAACUUUGUUGCAUCCUAUAUAGUGUAGCUGUAUUUAGGUAUUGAUAAAAUUAUGUAUUGAAUAUAAUGAUUACCAAAGCCUAUCAAAUUAUACUUUAUAUGUAGCCAGUAGUUCGUGC